ACCAGCUGUUUGUUUGCACAUGUUUAGGAGUGAAACAGUGUGAUAAAUAAUUGUCAUCCUUGUAAAUGCAAGUCAUUUUGUAGUAGGCUAAUAUGGAAUUUGAUUUGUCUUUGCUAGCUACAAGUUCAUAAGCAAGACCUAACAAAGCAUGAGUAAAUGAAAUGCUGCCUCACUGGAAGCUUUAAAAUAAAACUUAUAUGAUAGCUACAUAACUUGGUAUUUUAUGCAUUGAGGAAUGAUAGUAUGUAACUAGUAGUGAUAUUAAAACGUGAGUUUUCUUAAACAUUGUAACAGAAUGCAUCACUAACAUUCAUAAACUUGCGAUUGUGGUUUGAGACACUGGUUUGAGCAGGGUUUGCGUGAGAAAACACACAGUGUCAUGUGAUAAGAGGUCCAAGAUCGGAUUGGUUAGUUAGCGUGCUAGUGUAUUUUUCGCUGAGGUAGCUGGCUAUAAGAACGGUAUUUUUUUUUUAUCCCUGUGUUGAAGUAAGCAAAUUUGGUCGCGUGUUCUUUGUAGAAAUGACUAAAAGAGCGUAUCCUUUCGCUGAGUCAUUCUCAUCACAGUAUAAAAUUCACGUUGGACAAAAGGAGUUGAAUCAUCACGGCGUAUUUGGGAACACGUACAGGCAAGAGGUCUUCGAAAAGACGAAGGACCUGCUCUUCAAUGGGACCAAAAUCUGGAAUAUAGAUGCAGAGAAGUGCUCAGCAAUACAGCCAUCGGGGUCAGGUAUGAAACCUGAUGUGAGCCAGACACUCCUGAGGGGACAGACACUGAUUGGGCAGGAUGGCAGACUACAGAGAACUACACCUGUUCAAGAAUGGUCUGUGUGUAUGGUUGUCUCAGGUUCAGCGUUGGCUCCAGUGGGGUGCUGUGUGUGUCAGAAGGCCCAGGGCACCAGGAGGCCGUGCUCCCAGUGUGACCGCCCAGCCUGCCCCUCCUGCAUCCAGCAGUGCGCCAGCUGCUCCAGAUCCUGCUGCUCUGUCUGCACCGUCAUUGACAUAUGUAUGGGGCCCUAUGAGGAGAAGAGGCCGACUGGUCAGGCUUGGACACCAACUGCAGUGGGAGCGUGUGGCUUUGUCUUUCACCCAUUCUUUUGGGGACCAGCUGUGCCCGGAGUGCGAGCGCCGAGCACAGCGAUGCUACUCCUAUAAAUAUGCGUCAGUGAGUGAGUGACAGCUGUGCAGUGGACCAAGGACACACUCUCUUGGCACUCCACGGACGAGUCACUCCAAACAAGGCAACCCCAGCAUGACCUGAACACCAGUGAUAUAUAUCCAACUGUCUAGCUAAUUGUCAUUCAUGUAUUCAAUUUCAUAAUGUAAGUUAUGUAUUGCAGAAGCAUUUGAAUGAAGCCAAACCAAUUCUGUGACAAAAUAAAAGGAAAUGUAACUGAGAAAAACA